GAAAAAAAAAAAGAAAAAAAGGAAGAAAGAAAUAAAGAAAGAAAGAAAGAGAGAAAGAAAGAAAGAAAGAAAAUUUAUAAUUGCUUGGCAGUUAGUUAAGAGCUCACCUUGCUGGAUGUUUUUGGUACGAUGAAAACUAAAUUAGGAAUGUUCACGGCGGUGUGUUCCCCUUAUGGGAACAAGUAGUUAAAAAGGUCAUCCUUAAAAUUUCACAACAAACGAAGACUUUGUUGGUGAAAAAUACAGGCACAAAAGUUGUUUGAGAAAGUUACCGGGAGGGAAAAUUCUGACAAAGUUGAUAUGAACUUAUUAAAAAUGUUAAAAAAGUAAUAACAAUACUUACCAGGUAAAUAUCUUCCAGAGUUAAAGAAAGUACAAAGCUGUUUGCGUGUACAUGGCUUAUGUAUUUGUGUAGUUAAGGAUCGCUAUGUCCUGAUAAAAGUCUCAGGGAACAAUUCUACUAUUUUCUUUUAUUAAAGUUUUAGAUCUGCGGCGGUGCUUUUGUUAAUCACCACUCAAUUGUUUUCUGGCUUUGCUUUUGGCAAACUUUUUAUUAUUAUUUGAGAUUCACCGUAAUCAACUCUCACUCCAUCACAAGCCUCAGCGUUCCGGAAGUUAAAAAAUGUGUAGCGUCUGGUUGCUAUGUAGUGACGUAAUCAUUCAGUUGAGUAUCUAUCAUCGUAACACUUUUGCGGUCAACUACCGCAGCGCUCAUAAAGUACUUUAAUCAAAAAUCGUGUUCAAACCCCUGUGGAGGAAGUCUGUUUAUUUUUGAGUUGAUAAAUACACUUCUCACGUUCACGAGGUUCAAUUUUGCAUAAAUUACCAAAAAUUUUCUUAAGCGGGAAAUCUACCUAUGGUUCGCGGGAAACGGAACUCUUUAGCAAGCCCAGCAUAUUUGAAAAGGUGUUUGAUUGAUGCUUUGUUGAGAAAUUGCCUCGUUAGCCAAUCCCCACUUACCGUAGUAGGUUUGAGCUUUUAAAGAACAGUUCCUCGUUGAUUCAACAGUUGGUAAAUGUUUAAAGAAAAGUAGACACGAUGCAAGCGUUAUCGGCCAAACACGUACAGUCGCCAUUUAAAAGAAUUUUAUAUAGGAAUGAUAUCAAGCAUGUCAAAGUUAAAACUGAGGAAAGAAAGGCUAGCUUAAUGGAAAAAAAAAAUAGUCAUGUUUACGAAUCAGUGCAAAACAAAUUCAUUUCACUCUUGUAUUUGUAUUUUAUUUUUUUUACUCCAUCCUAUAGAUAAUACAUUAGUUGUACAAUAUCAAUUAGUACAAAAUCGUUUAAACUACGUGUACAUAAGAAAAAAAAAGAGAAAAGAAAAUUAGAAUGGAGAAGGGCACAUUAUAGUAAAACUAAUUACAAGAUUGACUUUAUUCUAUUAUAGCUUUGUUAUUCAUUAAAACACAAACACGCACGCACGCACGCACACACACACACGCACACAAGUCAAUAUGGAGUAAGAUAAUAUUUUUUAAGUGCCUUUUUGAACAUGAUUUUCGAUGAUUUAUUGCGAAUAGAAAGGGGGAUAUCGUUCCAGUAGUAUUUUCCAAUGACGGUAGGGCAAAACUUUCGAAUACUUGAGUGGGGAAUGUGUAAUUGCUGAGCAGAUGCAGUUGGUGCAAAAUAAUAAUGUUGCUCAGAUACAAGAAAUAAUGGAAAACUACACGGCUUAUUAUCAGAGACGUAAUCAUAUAAAAACAAACAAUUGUAAAUUUUAACAAUAUCACGAAAUUUUAAUAAACCUAGAUGAACAUAACGAGGAGUGAUAUGAUCUCGAAAAAGAAAGUCAUUCAUUAUUCUAAAUGGAUUACCAUAAUUAUUUCCCCACAAUAAGCAACCAUAUAUGAGAUAACCUAGAACCACCAACUUAUAAACUAGAACCACCAGCUUAUUUUGAUGAGUUUCUUUUUCAUGGCACUUAGGUUAUCAACAAUCUUAGUAUUAUGCCUCAUCUUUCCCGUUCUUCCUGUUGCUAACUCAACAUCAGCUCAACCUCUUAAUUUUACCGAAAAAUUAUUGCUGCGGAAGAAGAGUUUUUGUCUUGCCCUUUCUUUUAAUGGUCAGGGAGGGCAGUUUUUAAGCUUAAUCAUAUUAAUGGACUGAUAAUAAAACUGAAACGAGACUUGGUUCAUAUGAAUGCGGCUGUUCACUCGGUGAAUCUUCUUUAUAUAUGCUGUCUAUAGGUAGCCAUUACGACUCCGGAAGGAGAAUCUCAGGAGGUUAUCCCUAUGUUAAAUAUCUCUCCUUGCCGGAUAAUCCACCCAGCGCGCCAAGGAAAGGUUGGCCACACCACUACCAGGGUCUACGUGCCCUACUCAAGUGAAAGUGCUGUGAGACGGGACCUCCUAUUUUUUUUUUGUCCUUAUCGGAAAAGACUAGAAAGUCUAACAGUUUGCAGAUGUUAUUGCAAAGGCAGCAGUUUCUUCUCAGUCAUUUAAAUACCCUUAGUGUUGUUCCGGCCAGGGUUUGAACCCGUGACUUCCCACUCAGCAUGCAGACCAGCGCUCUCCCAAAUGAGCUAAACAGGCGAUAGUCAACCUUGUAAGUAGAGCCAUUAUCUAGAUUUUGAAGUUUAACAUUGUUUCGCGCCCUGCUACACCGGAACAAAGUCGUGGGGUGGCAACUAAGAAGUCAAGAAGUACUUGUAAAAUUCGCUGAAACCAGUACAAUGGCAUUUGAUCAUCUCAGCCAAAAAAAGACGCUCAGAACGAAGCAACGCAAAGCAACUAAUUAACCGUUUUUCUAUAUCGCUGCAGGUCGUUUCCUUGUCAAUAACAUUCUUUUCAGUUGCAACUUAUACCUUCGUUUUCGCUCUGAAACAGAUGCAAUAUAUGAAGAUAUUUUGUUGAUUCACCCAAUUAGCUGUUUUUUUAUAUGUCGCUGCGUGUCGUUUCAAUAACAUAGUUUUCAGAUGCAAUUUAUGCUACCUUUCCUCCAAAAAAUAGAUGUAAUAGAGUACCACAAAUAGUUUUGUUUUUUUAAGACGACAGAAAACAAAAAGAUAAAGAAGUUUAUUACUUUUUCACAUCGUUUUCCGGCAGUUGCAAUGCAACCAGUUAUCUUUCAAUUUAACAACAAUACCAAAAAAUGUGAAAAACGAAGGAUAUUAACCAACUUUUAAAACUUCUUGAGAUAAACUUAAUAACUUUUAACUAUUUCACGCCUUCUUUCAAGCCGGUCCAAAAUUUAAAAUAUUUCAGUCUUAACGAUAUUUUAAGAAUGAAAGGAUACACAGUGAUCAUUAAGCAGCUAAUAUUUUCCGAGAUAUCACAGGUUUCUCAUUCUAUUACCAAAUAAUAGCGACUGUACAAAUGCAACACCAGCCGAAGAAAAACAACAAUAAAAAAGGAUCCUAAAAGAAAAAAGAAAUGUAGCUUGAGGACGAUUUGAAAGAAAAUUGCAAUUAAACAAAAAUAUAUUUUUAAAAAAUGCUGCUUAAUUCCGUUACAGCUGCUUCAUUUGUCCUCAACCUUUUUUUAAUUUUCUUCCAGCUGCUUAAUUUUGUCUUUGCUUUCCCCUGUCUAUCAGGCGUUUUUUGUAGCUUUUGCUGUGAUGGUUUCCUCUUAUUUCGAAACAAAUUCAAGCUGAAACAAAAUUAAUUUGGGCUUUUAAAGGGGUUAUAAAUCGUCCCAUCUAUUAACUAUAAUUUUAGUUGGUAAAUUGUGAAGAAAACAUUGAAUUUCUCCGUUAUCUGGAUUAAAUUUAGUGCCUUCGUCAUAAACGAAAGAGAAAAAGAAAAGAAAAAAAAAGGAAGAAAGAAAGAAAGAAAGACAGAGAGAAAGAAAGAAAGAAAGAAAGAAAGAAAGAAAAUUUAUAAUUGCUUGGCAGUUAGUUAA